AUGACCAUUGACAGCGGCAGUUGUGAGAAUGUAGUGUCCGAGGAGGUUGUUCAGAAAUUACAGUUGAAGACGGACCAUCAUCCUAAGCCAUACAAGUUGUCAUGGCUAAAUAAAGGCAGUGAGUAUGACCGUAGUGUCAUUCAUGAUGGACGAAAGAAUACGUAUUCCCUUAACAUCAAGGGAAAAAAGAUUGUAUUGGCGCCUCGGCGGGAAGGACUCACUCCUACCUCAGUAGCCAAUAAUUCUAACCUGCUUUUCAUGUCCAGGUUUUUAGAUGAGAUUGAGCAUGGAGAUGUGGUCUAUGCUUUACUACCUUGCGAGAAUAGUGCAAUAGAAGUGGAUAUAGAGUUACCAGUAGAGGUGCAGCGGCUGCUAGCAGAGUUCUCUGACUUGAUGCCAAAGGAUCUUCCUCCUGGGCUACCGCCUAUGAGGGAUAUUCAGCAUCAAAUUGACCUUAUUCCUAGGUCAAGUUUGCCGAAUCGACUAGCAUAUCACCUCAGUCCCAAGGAGGCUGAAGAGUUGCAGCGACAGGUGGUAAAGUUGUUGGAAAUGGGCUAUAUCCGAGAGAGUAUGAGCCCAUGUGCCGUCCCUGCCCUGCUAGUGCCAAAGAAAGAUGGUUAUGGGCGUAUGUGUGUUGACAACCAAGCGAUCAACAGAAUUACAGUGAAGGAAACUAUAUCUAGUUAG